UGUAGAUUCUAGAUGUCUCUACUGUAGCUUUUGAAGUAAGUAGAACAACUAGUCUGUCUCUUCCAUUUUGGUGUGUCGUUCCGGGAUAUCAUCAUGAGUCGCGUCAGGACAAAGACGGUCAAAAAGGCCGCAAAACUCAUCAUUGAGAAAUACUAUACUCGACUAACUAUGGAUUUCCAUACAAAUAAAAGAAUAUGCGAAGAAAUCGCUAUUAUUCCCAGUAAAUCUCUAAGAAAUAAAAUCGCUGGAUUUGUUACGCACUUGAUGAAGCGUCUUAGACACAGUCAAGUACGUGGUAUUUCCAUUAAACUACAAGAAGAAGAAAGGGAACGCAGGGACAACUAUGUUCCUGAGGUGUCUGCUUUAGAGCAUGAUAUCAUAGAAGUUGAUCCAGAAACCAAGGAAAUGUUACAGAUGCUUGGUUUCAACAACAUUCCAGGCCUUCAACUCACACAAUCUCAAUUGCCACCAUAUAGCAGACGUUCUUAAAAUUUAUUUCUUUAUAUUAAAUAAGAUUGUUGGUAUUGCAUUUUUUAAUAAAAUUGCAAGCUGACACUUUAAAAAUUCA